AUGAUGUUUUGCUGUUUUGUCAACAAAACUUCCGCACACGGAGUCAAAACAAUCCGGGAUUUUACCGAUUAUAGAAAGUGAAAUUGGAGAAAGUUUUAGAACUUUUGACUGUUAAUAACUGAAAAUUCCGUUGUAUAUCGUGUUAGUGCUAGUUACAACAGUUUGCAAAGUGAUCAUAUCGUUAUCUAAUUAACAGCCCCACAGGCAUCGAUUUUAUUGCGUAUUAAAUAGUAGCUAUUCUACUUAACAACUGAACGAUUUAGUUGUAAAAUUAUCUAAACUCAUCGUAAGAAAGCAAUGUUCCCGUUGAAGGUGCUGAAUACGAGAGGUGUAUUAUUCGGACGAUUGAUUCUACCAAGAAGCCUUGCCCGGAUUCACUCGGUGGCAUCACAGAAAUCGCCACAAUCAUUCAAGCCGGUUGUGCAUGCAUCGUUUGUGAUGGGAUCCAACGCGAGCCGCUCCUCUAAUCUGCAUACAUCUGCACCUGGCAGACAAGAUAGCAAGAAGCCUUCCGGUGCCGAAGGCCCCGGCCAAAGCGACGACACCGCGGGCGGCGGCGGCGGCACCAUGAGCGUGGAAAACAAGGCCGAACUGGUGGCCAAGCUCAGUCCACUGCAGUACCAUGUCACGCAGGAGGCCGGCACCGAGCGGCCAUUUACCGGAAAGUACAACAAAUUCUACGAAAAGGGCACCUACAUCUGUGUGGUGUGCAGCCAGGAGCUGUUCAGCUCGGACACGAAAUACGACUCCGGAUGCGGUUGGCCGGCGUUCAACGAUGUGCUCGACAAGGGCAAGGUGACGCUGCACGCGGACGCGAGUCUAGCCGGCGGAAAUCUCCUAUUGUUAAUCACACAACCAGGCCGCAUGCGGACUGAGGUCAGGUGCUCCAAAUGUGGCGCCCACAUGGGCCACGUCUUCGAAGAUGGACCGGCGCCGACGCGCAAAAGGUAUUGUAUAAACUCGGCAUCGAUCGAGUUCAUGCCUGCUGGAUCGGAACGCAAGGAUUAGCCAAAUUCGAGCUAGAGAAAGUGAGACUUAGGAGGGCACAGAACUGAGGUAAGAACCGGUGGACAUUUUUAGGGAACUAAGCGUGUUUUGGGGAUAGACGGAUGGAAACGUUCAAUGAUGAGCACACCCGUUCCACUUUUUACUGCAAACAGUUUCAAGCGAUAGUCAAACACGCGCUUAUAAUGUCAUACUUCUGCGUUAUUUGUUAUUUAGUUUUUGUUGGAUUUCUUUAGUUGUACUGUAUAACUUUUCUCCAGUGCCCCAGCAAGGUGUCGCAAAUCGAACAACAUAAAUGCUGUAAAUUUACCUCGUUCCUCAAUGUACUUUUUACCACACAAAGCAACACUCUUUCGAUACGAUAUUUAAAGACUAAUCGUAGAUAUUUAUUGAAUCAUUGUAAAGAUUUACUUGAUAAAUUAACAAAUCCAACUUACCGUGAAAAGCAGCAAGCAAUGAGAAAACAAAACAAUAUCUGCUACUUAGUAAGGUUAUCUAACAAAUUUUACGAGAUAAUAAAUAUUGGAUAUAAAUUGCCAAUUUCUCACAAGCA